UAUAAUCGUCGAGCGCAAAGCAAAUUCGAGCUUGUACUCAGCUUGGGACGUGUUCGCCUACGCCUGGAGACAGUGACGGAAAAAGAUGGCUGGCAUUGGGCAAGAUCGCUUCACGAGCAGCAAACGCCCAUUCGUCAUGUGAGACUUGACAAAAUUGUCAAAAUGUCAAUGAUGCGUCAAUGAGUAUGAAGAUUAAAUAGCCGCAGCACGAGGUUCUCUCUUUCUCUCCCUUUCUCAUUUCUUCCCCUCUCAAAUUGGAUUCGUCCCUGGAGGCAUGUGACGCUUUCUUAAUUGUCGAUUCUCUGAAAGAACGACAUCUAGAAAAGGACAACAUUAACUAGGAUCAAAGGUCCUGUGACCGCACCACUUCUCCAGCGCGUCAAGAAUCAAGGGAAGGACUGACGAUUUUCAGAGCGGUAUCUUUGCAGAACUCCCAAGCCCUUGUCGUGCUUCAUUUCUUGGCAGCAACUGUGUCACUAAAUUAGACCAUACGUUCGUACAUUUGCACGGUUGGACAAGCUCGGGACUGGGAGAAAGCCUUCGUCAGGUCAAGAAUGUGUCUCUGAGCAUAAAGGGAGCAUUUCAUGGGGAAAAAUCAGGCCCACAAGGCCGCCCAGCGCGCCAAAGGAGGCGGGGGCGGGGGCGGAGAGGAAGAGGGGGGCUUCAAUGAUGGAAUGACAGAUGCGACGUUUCAUUCCCCCGAAUGGCACGCGGCCCGCCUAGCGCAGCUGACGGAUUCCACGCGCAUGACCUGGGAGGAGUUCAAGCUGAAGCAGAAGGAGGACGCCAGAAAGCAAGCGGAGGCGGAGAAUGACGAGGAGCGUAAGAUGCGCGAGUACCGCGCCCAGCUGGACGCGGAGAGGGCAGCCAAGCUGGCGCGAGGGACCAACCAUGCGCCCGAGAAGAGCGACAAGAAGAAAAUUAAGACAAAGGACAAGGAUCGGGAGAAGGAGCGGAAGCAUAAGAGAAGUCGGGAGAAGGACAAGAGAAGACGCAAGCAUGAGAGUUCUUCUUCAGCCUCGGGAUCAGAAGUCUCAGAUUCUGACGAUCGAAGGGACAGGAAACGGCGAAAGAAGGAAAAACGGCGGGCUAAAACAUCCUCUGGUAGACAGGACAACAGCCCCAAAGGGCCAGUUAGAUUAUCAGAGUUUCUAAAGGGACAAGAUAGCGACACCGACUAGGAGCCUUCUCUUCUCGUAUGCUUUUGGAGUUCUGAGGUCGAUGCAAUGGAGCACCGGUGUCUGUUUGGUUAAGCAAACUGCAUGGACGAACCAGGUUGAAUUUCGGCAUUGAAGG